CCCACACCGUCUCCAGACCUUCAGGACGUUUAAAAAUGAAAUACUGGAGGAGGAAGUCGCUGCUUGGUGGACUAACUAACGGAGUAAACACAUACAGGGUCUUGAUGAGGAAAUGCAUUCAACAGUUUGUGGAACUUCAAAUUCCCCAUCCACAGUCAAAAAUAUCAAUGAGGUGCUGACCGACAGCAACCAGAGCCAGUCAGCUGUGAGUGACCAGAAUCAGACAAGUCCAGUGGUCAGUCCACCCAACACAGUCAGAAAGGCGGCCACUGAUCACGACAAUCAGCUCUCCUGUCCAGGUCAAAUGGAUCCAGCUGUCAGCACAAAGUGUCAAAACUAUCGCUUGGUAUCUGCAGCAGUAUCCUCCGUGGACAAGUGUGUUGAGUGUCUGGGACUUAUAUCUUCCUACAAGUGGCUUGGCUAUGUAUGCAAAGAUGAGAUUGUGUUCAGUGACGCUGAAGCCAGUGCAAGCGAAUCUGAUGACUGCAGCACGGCAGUCACAGCAACAGAAUGUGGAACUGUGGAGCCUAUGGAUACUGACGCUACAAUCAAAGAGCAAGUUCACGACAUGGAAGAUUUUGCAGGGUCUGUAUUGUCAGUGUCAUCUACCGUAACUGAGACUGCUCCUUCCUCUGAAGGACAAGAUGCUUGUGAAGACCAGCAUAGAAGAGUGCCAAAGAAAGUGUGGUUGAAGGCUGAGGUUGCUGCAGUACUGCGACAUUUCAGAGAUCACAUUCAAAAAGGAAAACUGGCCACCAAAAAUGAAUGUAGUAAAUGCAAGCUGGUAGAAGGCCCUGUGCUAGCACAAAGAACAGUGCAAAAUAUUAGGGACUUUGUUAGAAACUGAGGAAUAGCUGCAAAGAGGCAGUCAGAGAAAAAAAGCUUUAAAUUUGCUGUCAGCCUUUUGUGUUAUUCUUAACACUUGGAGAUAGAUUAGUCCAAACCAACUGUAUGGAGCCAUUUUAAGUUGUUAUUUUGUUUUGUCAUGUUACGAAGUCUUAUGUUGUAUAGCAGAAUGCUGCUCGGUUUUGCUGUGAAGCAGCAGAAAUGUAAAGUCAUCCUUAAAUACUGGAGGUAAUAAAAUGUUUGAGUUAAA